CCGGUUCUAUGUCCGGAGCACGAACAAUAAUUUCCGGACACUGCGCCCUUCUCCCAAGGCGACGGGAGACUGACGGAGGCAGAGACGAGCGAGAGCGCGAUGCGAGCUUGAAAGAAAUACGCGGUUUUGCGAGGUUUUGAUGCUCACUUACUUUAGGCGAAAUGGAUUGCAUGACGAUGGCGCCGGAACGGGAACGGGAACGGGAGCGGGAGCUGACGCCUGAGGAGGAGAGGACCCUCAUCAGGGAUAUCUGUGCCGCUGCGGAGGUCCAAACCAAAGAAGGCGACACCUUCUACCUUAUCACCAGCAGAUGGUGGCAAUCCUGGCUUGACUUUGUUAACCAAGAUAUGAAUGUCACUGUGAGCAAUGGCUAUGGUUCACACAAUUAUGGAUCUCCUUGUUCAAGCAGCCCCAAAAGGCCUUUUGCUAUUGACAAUUCUGAUUUGAUUAAUGACGCAACAUCAGAAAUCUCAAAUGUAGAUAUAGAGCUUCAUGAAACCUUAGUGGAAGGUCGGGACUACAUAUUGCUCCCACAAGAAGUUUGGGAUAGAUUGCAUGGGUGGUAUGGAGGAGGUCCAACAUUGCCUCGUAAGACUAUCAAUUCAGGUUUAUCUCAAACAGAUUUGUCCAUUGAAGUCUACCCUCUACGGCUUCAGCUACUUCUAACACCUAAAAGGGGGCAAGCAAUUAUUAGAAUAAGCAAAAAGGAAACGGUUCGAGAACUUCAUAGAAAGGCUUGCGAGGUUUUUGACCUUAUCUUAGAUAAUGUUUGCAUUUGGGACUACUAUGGCCAUCAAAAACAUGAUUUGAUGAAUGACAUGGAGAAGACCCUUGAUGAUGCCAAUAUACAAAUGGACCAGGACAUUCUUGUAGAGGUCCUUGGUGAUUGCAACGGUACCACUGAUGGUGGAUGUAUGAGUUCGGUUCAGGAAAAUGGAUCUAAUGAGAGGGAUUCUGGUUCUUUAGCUGCAGAACCUUGUAGGUCAAGCAUAUCGGUUGCUGAAGGUUUGUCAACAAGCAAGAAUGUUUCAAGAAGUUGCAGUUCAGAGAUCUCACAAAGCCAACUGCUUACAUCCCCAAGCAGUGAGUUGGAUACUGUACAUGCCACCAGCACUGUUGCUACUAGGGGACCCCCUGUAGGUCUCAAUGGACUUUUGAACCUUGGAAAUACUUGCUUCAUGAAUAGUGCAAUACAAUGUCUUGUCCACACACCAGAAUUAGCUCGAUACUUCCGCGAAGACUACCAUAAAGAAAUUAACUGGAAAAAUCCACUAGGGAUGGUUGGUGAGCUUGCUAUGGCAUUUGGGGAUUUACUAAGAAAACUAUGGGGUCCUGGCCGAACGUCAGUUUCUCCUCGGCCAUUUAAGGCAAAACUUGCUCGUUUUGCUCCUCAGUUUAGUGGAUAUAAUCAACAUGACUCUCAGGAGCUUUUGGCAUUUCUUUUAGAUGGACUUCAUGAAGAUUUGAACCGGGUAAAGCAUAGGCCUUAUAUAAAGUCUAAAGAUGCAGAUGGACGUCCUGAUGAAGAAGUUGCAGAUGAAUACUGGGCAAACCACAUUGCUCGUAAUAAUUCUAUUAUUGUUGAUGUAUGCCAGGGUCAAUACAAGUCUACUUUAGUCUGCCCUGUGUGCCGUAAAGUUUCUGUUACUUUUGAUCCAUUCAUGUACCUUUCAUUGCCUCUUCAAUCACCAUCUGCCAAUUCCAUGACUAUCUUGGUCUUCACUAGUGAUGGCAGUGCACUUCCAACCCCAUGCACUGUAAAUGUUCCCAAGCAGGGUCGGUGCAAGGACCUUAUCCAAGUUCUAAGCAAUGCAUGCUCGGUGAAGGGUGGAGAAAAACUUAUUCUUGCUGAGAUUCGGGAUCACAAGAUUCAUCAGUUUGUAGAGGACCCUAUGCUUCCAGUAUCUAAUAUCAAGGAUGAGCACCUUGUUGCUUAUAAGGUUCCAAAGUUGGAUAAAAAGUCAAUUUUACUUCAGUUUGUACAUCGCCGUGAAGAACCAGAGGGAAACGGAAGCAUAAAGGCAUGGAAGCCCUAUGGUAUGCCUCUUUUAGCUCCAUUUUCAUAUGAUGGAGCUGCACGAAGUGCUGAUAUCCAAAGAGCACUACUCACGAUGCUUAUACCUAUGCUACAAAGUGAAAAGUCACAGCCUGCUAGUCUUUCAAAUUCAUGCCCACGUAUGGCAUCACAUGCUACUGAUCAAGAUAUUAGUAUGAAUGAGGAAUGUGCUGAGAGUGAUCAUAAAGAUGGAGGCAACCAUGACAGAGAAGAAGCAGACUGCCACCUGUUCCUUGAGUUGGUUGAUGAAAAUAACCAACUCAUAGAUCUAUCGACGGUAGAAGAGAAGUCUUUUAAGCUGUUAUCAUCGUCGUCGUCAUCAUCAUCAUCAUCAAUACUAGUUUUUAUCAAUUGGUACCAGAAGGAUUUUCAGAACUAUGAUACUCGCCGGCUAGAGAUCCUUCCAGAAGUAUACAAAUAUGGUCCGCCAUUACCUAAAAGAUCGCGUGGCGAGCCUCUCUCUUUAUAUACUUGCCUUGAUGCUUUCUUGCGGGAAGAGCCAUUGGUUCCUGAGGACAUGUGGUUCUGUCCUAAAUGCAAGGAGCAAAGGCAGGCCAGCAAAAAGUUGGAUUUAUGGAGGCUUCCUGAGGUUCUUGUUAUUCACUUGAAGAGAUUCUCUUUCAGUCGGUCUACUAAGCAAAAGUUGGAAACUUUUGUCAACUUCCCCAUUCAUGACCUUGAUUUGACCGAUUAUCUUGCCAACAAAAGUAACUCUCAGCGUCAAACUUAUGAGUUGUAUGCAUUGAGCAAUCACUAUGGAAGCAUGGCAAGUGGACAUUAUACGGCACAUAUAAAGCUUUUUGAGGAAAACAGAUGGUAUAAUUUUGAUGAUAGCCAUGUGUCUCCUAUAAAUGAAGAGGAAGUGAAGUCAGCAGCAGCCUAUGUGCUCUUCUAUAGGAGAGUAAGGGCUGACAAUCCCUCUCCAAGCAAUGGAGCUCAGUCAUGCGCAAACCAGAGCCAUAGUUUGUGCCACAGAUAGGUUCUAUAUUUCAUCUGUCUGCCUCUUGUAUUCUUCUUUCCGAAGACAUUUGAUCUGAAAGAAAGCUUUGCUCCAUUACCUAUGCUGAUUGUUUUUUGACAAUAGAUUUGCUUCUGAAAGCAUAAUGAAAGGCCUGAUUAUAGGCUUUUUGUCUGAUAGUUGAAUGUAUUCUUUGGUGUUUUGGGAGAGACGCUGCAAUAUUUUCUUCUUUCAGGAGGAAAGUUAUCGAUGAGCUGAAGCAUUCUUUUUCUUUGGAGGUUUAGCUCUGUUCUGUGAGGUACGGCAUCAAUUCUUUUUUGGUUUUUAUUAUCCCAACCUUAUUGUAAAGUAUGACAAGCAAAGCCUUGUAUAGGCAAGAUUUGAUAAAAAUAGUUAAUAGCAAGGAUUUACUUCCCCUAAGCUUUAGAACGGCAGUGUUUUGAAUUGGGAAUGUAUUUUGGUUUCUGUUGCUGCAUUUGCCGCAUUCUAAAUACCCGCUGUUCUGCUGCAUUCAGGCACAUCAAAUAAAUUUUGUGCAUUGUCUGUUAGUUUAAGACCAAAGCUAGCAGAUAAAAACA